CACAUACUUUUGUUUCCAUUAACACACGCACCGUGUACCGUGAGUUGGAAGAAGCCCUGACUUCUGUUCAGAAACAGCUGAAAGUGAAAUUAACUUUCACUGCUGAAUGAACCGUGAACACCUCGGAGGAUGUUUCAACCCAACUGGCGAAAUCUCCAGGAUUACAACACACAUUCCAGAGUGAAGCUGUUUCUUUGAAAGUGUUUGUUCGCUCGUAAAAACCUGGACGGUUGUCAGGAGUUUCUCCCUCUCUGGUUUUUGGACCUCCCUCCCUCGCGUUCUCCCUCCCCCCAUCGCUCCACUGCAGCGACACGGGGUCGAGCCGACUCUCCGCCGCCCGGAGCUCAUCGCCAAACCACUAAAUCGCAUCUUUCACCGGGAGACCGACCUUCUUAACACGCUAAAUGUCAGCCUAAAGCUUUGGUUCUUCCGUCAUUAACCGUCUGAUCUUGGAGCGGACGGUGAAGAUUUUGCUCUUUGUGCGUAAAACCUGCCCAAGUAGGUUAGUGGACAAACUGGAGGAUUGACAAGUAAAAGUUUUGGAAAUACAGUGCAGGUUGUGUGAUCGUGCGCGUUGUGUGUGAGAGAGGAAAGUUGUUGAAAGUUCGGAAAGUGCUUGGUCCAAUGCGUCCGGGGCGGCCGGUUAAACAGCAGGAUCACCGGAGAAAGAGAGCGCGAGUGGGAAAGGAGCUGAGGUCAGCGGGGUCAGCGGGGGCUCACCGGCUGCUGGACGUACAUGUCUCCACUCCCCACCGGCACCGAGGUUUCUACUUCCUGUGACAUCAACGCACCAUGCCUGAGGGGUCACGGCGUGGCAGCCAGAGAUCGCCUAGUACCACAGCUGCCAAGCGUCCCUCCUCAGUCUCGUCUCUGAGUGGGAUUGUGGGUAGGAUGAUGUCAUCCAGCGAGCGAGGAGCCUCGUCUUCCUCCUGCACCUCUGUCAACACCGUCUGUUCGGACAGUGAGCGUCCUGCCUCCCUCUCCUCCUCUGCCUCCUCCGUCUCACUACAGGAUGCCUCCCACUCCUCCUCUUCCUCCUCCUCCUCCUCCUCUUCACUGCCGUACGGUGCCGUGCCAACCUACAACACCUCUUUGUCAUCAUCCUCCACGCCAAAAAGGAACGGCUCAGACAUCAGCCUGGACCUCACCCCCCUCGUAACGCCACACGGAGCAGGAGGAGGUGGGGUCUGUGUUGCCAGGCUAACAGGAGGACAACCCCCUAGUGAGCUAGUAGCCAAUCCAGCGGUGGCAGCAGCAGCAGUGGCCAGUCCCAGGCAGCUUUCACGGCUGGAGCGAGUUGUGAUGGAGAUUGUAGAGACUGAACAAGCUUACGUCAGAGAUCUGAAGAGCAUCGUGGAGGAUUAUCUGGGCUGUAUCAUCGACUGUGGGGCUCUGCCACUGAAGCCGGAGCAGGUCAGCACUCUGUUCUGCAACAUCGAGGACAUCUACGAGUUCAACAGUGAUCUCCUGGAGGAUCUGGAGAGGAGUCCUCAUGCUGCAGCCAUCGCAGAGUGCUUCGUAGAGAGGAGUGAAGCCUUUGACAUCUACACACUCUACUGCAUGAACUACCCCAAUUCGGUGGCCGUGCUGAGAGAGUGCAUGAAGAACGAAAGUCUGGUUCGUUUCUUCCAGGAGAGACAGACGACUCUGAACCAUUCGCUACCUCUGGAGACCUACCUGCUCAAACCAGUGCAGAGGAUCCUCAAGUACCACCUGCUCCUACAGGAACUCUCCAAGCACUUCAACAAGAGCGACCCUGGAUAUGAGGUCAUUGAGGAUGCCAUCAUCACCAUGACAGCAGUUGCCUGGUACAUCAACGACAUGAAGAGGAAGCAGGAACAUGCCGUGCGGCUGCAGGAAAUUGAGUCCCUGCUGGUGAACUGGAGCGGGCCGGACCUCAGUGGGUUUGGAGAACUGGUUCUGGAGGGUUCCUUCAAGGUCCACCGAGUGAAAAAGGAGAGAGCGUUCUUCCUGUUUGAUAAGAUGCUGCUGAUCGCCAAGAAGAAGCUGGAGCAAUUCGUCUACAGCACACAUAUAUUUUGCUGCAACCUGCUGCUGGUAGAGACUCUGAAGGACCCGCUGUGUUUCAAAGUGUCGGACCAGACGAUUCCCAAACAGCAGCACAUCGUCCAGACAAAGAACCAGGAGGAGAAGAGACUGUGGGUGCACUACCUCAAGAGACUGAUUGUAGAAAACCAUCCUGCUUCCCUCCCACUGAAGGCGAGACAAGUCCUGGGAGAUAACUUCUGUCAGUCGCCACAGUUCGACCAGGACCACGUGAGGAAGUCCUCCGCCUCGCUCCGACUGGACAAUAUCCAAGGUUACCACAGAGGUAGACGCCAAUCAGGUCAGGAGCCUCCAGAGCUGCUGAUGUACACACCUGAGAGGUCCAGAAAGAGUUUGCCACUGCUGCUGGAGGGAAACCUGCCUUACAGACGGACCAGGAGACAGUCAGCUCCAGCUAAAGACAUCGAGGCGGCGUUUCAUCCCAAUGCUUUGAAGCAGGCAGGCAGCGAAGGAGAGCUGUGCCCGACAGACAGUCUGGGCUCAGCAGGCAGCAGCAGCACACUCGCUUCCUCCGUCAUCGAGGUGGAGCCUGAGCAGGCUGAGCCGGGCCCAGCGCCACAGCUACGACCUAGCCAGGAACAGGAGGAAGAGGAUUUGACCCCCCUCAGCCCUCCUCCCACUCUGUCCAUCACUGAAGAGAUCCUGGAGUUCAUCAACCAGAGCAGAGCAAGGGAGGAACUCGUCUCCUUUCAUGCUGAUGCAACGGAGAAGGUUCUAGAUGGACCCAAAGAGUGUCAGCCUCCAUCUAACCAGAGCAGCUUCACCUCCCCGCUGCCCCCUGCCGCCUGCCCCUCCAGAACAGAGCAAAGACCUGUAAUUCAACAGGAGCAGGAAAGAACAGAGAUGGAGGACAACGGCACCUUCCAAGGUCCACCCGGUGGCUCCGCCAAGGAACUUGGACUCAAAGAUGAGAAAAUAAAUCAAGGCCAAGAAAUUUCAGAUGCAACAAAUCAAGUGGAAGGAGAUGGAGAGACACAAGGUGAGGGGCUAGAAAAAGAGAAAGAAGAAAAGAAAACAGGAGAUGAAGGAGAGGAAGAGAACGUCGCUCCUGCUCCCACAUCAGACCUCCAACCAGCAGAGGAAGAAACAGGGAACAGCAGCUGUCACUUACUGAAGGAAGCUGCAAACACCGUGGGCGUCACUUCCACCCCAAAUCCACAUCUCCCGCAACACCCCAUUCAAAGACGCCAGCCACCCAAGAGAGGCUCCCACCUCACCAAACGUGACAAGAAGAUAAUCGAAAAGAUCAGGAGUUACUACGAGGCAGCGGCUGAGGCUGAAGAGGCAGAGGCCGAGGAGGAAGAUGAAGAGGGAGAAGGAGUGGCAUUAAGGCGGAGAGAGAGUUUUUCACAAAUCCCAUCUGGCUUGGUGAAGGAGUCUGUAUCACGCUUUGAUGUGAGUGGACACCAGGGGGGGACAGAGAGUGAACGAUCCAAGAAUGAAACAACUGAAGCAAUGGACAGAGAGCCCGAUCAAGGUACAGAGGCCUGUUCAGCUCCUAGUCCCAUCUCUUCCCAAGCUCUUCUCUUGGCAGAUGCAGAGAAUGGCACACAGAUAAUCAGCUCUCUGGAUUUUGAUGAAGAGGGUUUAAUCAAGUCAACAACCUCAGCUGUGAUGCAAGACAAGGAGGCCCCAAGCCAAGACGGUCUGAAUGUGCAGUUCACCCCAACCAGGCCUGUUGGAGAAGAGACGGAGGCAUGUGACAAAAAUGGAAAGGUCUGCAAACUACCGCUGCAGGAAAAACAGGAGGAAGGGCAGGAGGGGAGGACAGGUGCUGUGGCUACUGGGGAGCAAGGUGGAAAUUCACCACAAAGAGAAGAUCCACCUGCUACCAAAAAGCACAAGUGCAGAGACGAAACAGCCGAAACCGGUGCAGGAAACCAAGCUGUUGUGAAUGUGCCUGAACCAAACAAAGUAGGUCUUGUAGAAUCAAAUGGAAGCCGCAGAGAGCUGUCUACAUCUCUGACACCUACAGAACAGUGUCAAAAAACUGAGACCAAAACUCAGUCCAACUGGACUACAACCAGAAACAGAGACGUGGCCAAAAGCAGUGGGAAUCUUGAUGGCCUUCCCAGUCAGAUAAAAAUGAGUCGAUGGUCCCAACACUCCAGGGUUGUCUCAGCUAACCGGGCCUUGUUUGAAGGCAUGGGGUCAGAUGUAGCCGGUAUUGGGUUAUUUGAGGCCAGUCCUGUGGUGGACCCUGUCCUGGUGGAAAACUCUGAGCGUAUUCUGAAUAAGGUUCAAACACUGGCCCAGAUGUACAGUGCCAAAGCCAGCACCAUGAAGGUCCCACUGCAUCAGAAGCGUGCUGGCACUGGUUGGAACCAGUCCUGGGCCUCAGGUAGACUCUCUGGACCCUCAACUCAGACUGAAGCCAGAAGCCUAACUAGGUGCCGGCAGCAAAUACAGCACCAUAUGGAAAUCAGUCAAUCAGAUACACACACAGACAGAAAAUACAGAACCAAAAGUCACUCGGAGAACAAGGUCCAGAACCAAACCACAACAGAAUCUAGACAACAAUCACAGAUCCAAACUAAGAGCCAGAUGUGGAGUCAGACACAUUUACAAAGCCAGUGCCAGACCCAAACAGUGAGCCGAGAAGAACGAAGGAUCCUGGAAGAGGGGUUGGUAACGGCAGCAGAGAGCCUGACAAAUGAUUUCCCCGAGACAGUGCCGGCCCCCCAUGAGUCUCUGCUGUUUGGUCAAUUGUUUGUUAAAGAGCAGGUAAGCCAAGCCUGUCUCCACCAGAUGAACGGGUUCACCCUCUCCAGGCCCAGGGACUUCAUCUCUGCCUUGACCAAAGAAAGAGACUCCAGUGUGGGCUGUAGAUCAGCUGACAAUAGCCAGAUUUCCACUGCACCUGGGGAAAAUCCACCCACUUCACUGAGAGAUCAGUCACCCGGCUACGACCCCGGGUACACCUCUACCACAGCAUCCAAGCAGCGCCUGAGUACACAAGCUGAAGAUCCGAGCUCCAGUUUAUGGUGCUCUGCCACUAACAUCCCCUUGAUGUCAACCAUGACCUUGGACUGUAGAGUCACCGAGUGCAGGGACUUGUGCUCUGCCUCUUCCACAAGCAGACAAGAAGCCUUGGGUCAGAACAUAGAGGUUUAUUCAGACACUGAACAGCCUGAGAGAAGACAGAGGUCAGAGGAGAGCGCUGGAGGCCCCGUUUCCUUAGCUGGAGAAGGACCUACAUCUGUAAACAUCAUUACUCAGCCAGGCCACUCAGAGCUAGACCGCUGUGCUUACAGCACACUGCAGUGGAACACAUCCAAAGAUACCGAUGAGCAGGAUAAGCAGAAGCAGCAGAAGCCAACUCCACAAAAUAAACACGAUAUAAAUGGACCAGAGUAUAAAAUCUCCACAGGACAUAGUGACAACCAGGAUGCAGCAACAAAAGAUGUGCAGAGUGUUCAUGCAGGGCCUGAAAUCUUGGUUUGCACAGAAGCCAUCCCUGGUCAGGUACUGCCAGGAGAGCUGGUACCCAUAGCAGCAAUUACACAGAGCCUGGCUGCAGCAGAGUGUCACGGCUCUGUGGUGUCUCUCCCAGGACCGGGCAGAGAGGAAACGCUUCACCUGGAGGAGGGGGCUUCGAGGCCCCUCGGGGCCUGUGGAGCACCACAGAAAGAUGAGCAGAUAAAAAUAAAGGAGACACAGUAUGAUCCAUCACAAACCAGGCUGGUUCUAGAAGACUCAGCAGCGACCUUUUCAGAGGAGGGCCCUUACUACAGAUCCUCAGGGGAAGUAGUUGUGACGCCACCCAUCAGUCAGCCUUUGCACCUGACCUUUGACCCCUCUCAGGUUCCUAAUAAUACAAACACAGAAAUCCCAGAGGGUCACAAAGCAAGAGAAGAGGCAGCACCAAGUGCAUGGUGUUCAGUGCAUCAGUCAGAAUCCAAUCCCCCCCAGCCAUGCCCUCCAUCAGGGCAGCCUGUAGACUGUCUGCCAACAUUCACCAGCCAGAGUCUGCCGGACUUACCCGCCACGUUGUCUAACACCUGGAAUGUCGGUGACACUACUCCAUGUGAACAUAGUUUCAGGGAACCAGACCAGCAGGGCCCAGGCUCUCCCAGCAGACAGCCUGUGCUCAGGCCCCCUUCAGGCAGCUGCCCAUCUUCCACACCUUCCUUGGUGACAUCCAGCCUGAUGGAGCGACCCAACACAGCCAUUUCCACCCGUGGCCCAGAUACAGAACCCACCCUGGCCCCCUCACCCUUCAGACAAAGCCUCAGAAACCGCUCCCCUUCUCCUUUUAGAGCUCCUCCAUGCUCCUCUUCCCUCAUGCCUUCCUCCUCAGCUGUUCCAGCUUCUUCUUCUCCUGUGCCCGUGUCUGCUGAAGGCGUUGCCUCCCCAAACACUGUCUCCAGGGCUAUUUCCCGUUUAUCCCCUACUCCCUCUUCUGGCAGGCUUUUCUCCAUGAAGGGUUCGCCUGCCUCCUCGCCUACACCUUCAACUUCUUUCAUCCCCUCUUUCUCUUCUUCUGGUAAGUCUCCAUCAGCAGAUCCUCCUUCCUCCCCUACACCAUCAUCUUUGUUCCACUCCUCCCCCAUUGCUUCUUCCUCUGCAUUUACCAGAUCCUUAGCUGCCUCCUGUAUCAGCCAGUCCGUCAGCCAGAGCAUGGCAAAAAGCACUGCCCGGCAACAAACCCUACCCAUACACACAGUAAACCAAAGCCCCUCCUCCACUCCUUCCUUACCUUCUUCUCAUCUACGACGGUGCUUCCCAUCUCCUAAACUCCCUCCCAGUCAGCAAGGCUCCAGUACACCCGCUUGUGCCCAGCUCAGGUGCACUAAAGAUGGGUACCAACAUACAAGGUGUCCGCCAUUAUCUCUCUGUUCCUCUUGCCCCUCCCCAUCCCACAUUCAGUCUCCUUCUCUCCCUUUUCCCCAAAACUCACCUUCCCUAUCUGUGGCCCAUCAUCAGCCUGCCCACUCUUCUUCCUCCCCGCCCCAUCCAUCACGCCGUCACUCUAAAACUGACUUGUCACACAAUUUAAAUAACAACAAUAACAACAGUAAUAUCAGCAGCUGUAACGGGGGUUGGUCAGUAGGUCCACAGAAGGCACUGCUAGCAAAUGGCGCUAAUGUCACAGUAACGGAACAAACUCAUGAUCCUGUUUGUUCUGGGUCACACAACCGUGUAGCUCGGCCUUUUCCUGCAUCUGAACCCAGCUCACGAGUUCAGUCCCCAUCUCCAACCCCUACUUCAUUUACUCACCUUUGCUCUCCACCUCCUCAACACAGUUACUCCUCCCCCUCGGCUAACAAACCUCGUCAUCCUCGGAGUACAAGAGUAGGAAGUGCAAGUGCCCAUAAUCCACUAGGCCUCACUUUGGAGCUUUCCAGGGCCUCUUCGGCAAAUUCAGCAUUUGCGCAGUCAUCCUCAUGUGUGAGUCCUCGUAUCCUCUCCCCCCCUCCCAUCGGUGUGUCACUGAAUGUUUGGACAAAUAACGUUGCAACACCUCAACCUAGAAACCCUAGAUUUGCUUCCUCCUCUCCUUCCUUUUCUUCCUCCGUAGGAUCACCAACAUUCGAGCAUUCACCUUUCUCCAGUUCCUCUUCUUCUUCUUCUUCAGUGCCACUGUGUAGUUCCAAAGCUUCUUCCCCUUCAGGACCUCCUGCAUCCCAAGCAACAUCCCAAACCCUCUGUAGGUCUUUCUCCUCCAAUAUGGCAGACAGGUCCCCUGGCCCAGCCCAGACCAGCUCUAGUGGAAUACGUCGAUCCUGGGCAGCGAGCAGCUGUAGGUCCCUUGGUUUUAGUGGAAGUGGUCAAGGAUCCUUUGACCAGCAGGAGUCCUGUCCAGCCAGUCCAAGGAGUGGCUGGUCCUCAUACAGCAGCUCGCCAUCCCACCUCAGCCCUCGAGCUGGGCUUCUCUGCUCGCUCUUACCUAGCAGGCUUACCCCAGGGAAGAGCACCCUCGGUGAGCAGGAUUUCACCAGUGUGCCCUGGCCAGAUGUGCGAGAGAUAGACAGCCUAGAUACAAGCGCUACUUCCACUGUCAUAGCCUCCUCUCCUUUUCCUCUCUCCUCACUCUCUCACACCCUUCUUUCCUCUCCUCCUCCUCCAUCGGAUGGCCAGGUAGAAUGGGGAGACCCAGAGCUAGAAGAUGGAAUCUGUCGUAGUCAGCUCAUCUGCGCCUAUGUUUCCCGGUCCUCCCAUGACCAAAACCUCUCCUCCUCAUGCCUAAUCCUUUCUUCCUCAGGCAUUGCCUCACCUCCACCUUCCCCCCACCACCAUCAAUCCCAAAUGAAACAACAAAAUCAGGUCCAAAUUUCCACCAAAACACCUCCUGUACCUUCAGCCCACUCCCCCUUGCCUUCAAGCCCAUCAUCUCUACUUAUUGCUCAUUCCUCUCCUACCAAACCUGGGACCCAGAGGACCAGUUACGCCACAACAGUCAACCUUCAGAUCGCUGGAAGUGGCCGAAUAACCUCCUUCAGCACUGCCCAGGUUAGCCUGACCCAAACUCUGGAGGUUGGGGCUGAAGCUGGAGGACCAGGACCCGGGCAGGUGGUGAGGAGAGUAAACAUCAAUGGACUUCCACACCUUCCUUCCCCACUUCCUCAGGAUUGUAACAAGCCAUGACUCUUUCUGUUUAUCACCUUGUAAAAUAAGAAAGUCCCAAAGAAAAUGGGAUGGAUGUAAAAAAGGCAUUAGUAAAGAUGUGCAUGUGUGAAUGAGACACAAAAUAAAGCACCAGAUGUUAUUGUAUAACCACUGGCUUCUAGUAAGUAAGGAAACCUUGAACUCUUCUGCUGGAACUAAAGAGCCUCCUCGAGUCCAUCGUGUUGAAAAUGAUUCUCAAGUAGUAAAGCUCAGGUCGCUUUCACUUGGAGACAAUUCCACAUCUGUGAGACCUAAUGAGUGUUGUUAGCCCAGUUGGACAGUGGCUCUAGGACACAGUGUGAUGGCCUGUGGGAUGCAGACCACACACUGGAGGCAGAAUAUCUUUCAAGAAGGUAAAUUCUACCGCACAUGGCUUUUUCAUUAUAGCCUAAUGACUUUGAGUGGUGUUGUGUUAAAGAUCCUGAUGUUAUAUAAAGUGAAGACAUCUUUAUCUUGUCAUUAGUGGGAAUGAAUCAUGUAGCUGUGAUCUUACUGGAUGAGCACCAAACCCCUGAACAUCCACAGCUGGUGUGAUGCAUCCACAGAUAUGGUCAUACAGUUGAACCAGUUUGAAGCCUGUUCAUUGGAUGGUUUACUUUCUGAGCAGCUCUAGACUGUUUCAGUGGAGGUGAUGACUUUGUGAAUCAUCAAGCCAGUUUAGUUAUUUUUGUAAAACCAGACAAAUUAAAAAUUAAGCGUCUAAAGAGCUGGAGUUCAUCCAUUUUGACUACAAACACAGAAAUGUUGAAGGUCCAGUGUCCAACCGAUGCUGUUUGCAGUCACAGCUGCAUAAUAUAUUAUAGUUUGUUUUUUAUUUUUUACAUUGUGUUGAGCAUCACUCAGAGAGGUCAGUGUUUAAGUUUUGUGAUAACGGUGGUUAAUAAUGUAUUGUGGCGACCCUGACCGGCCGCUGAUGUUCAUGUGUUCUGUUGUGUGCGAAUGGGUUUGACAAUGUUAUUGAAGGCUGUUUAUGUAUUGGUUACUGCUGUUGUCUGCAAAAUGCCGCGCUGUUCUGGCCAAUGUG